AUGGGUACCGCUAAGAAGGAAAAGUCCAGAAGAGUCCGUGAGGGAAACGUCAAGGAUGGAAACUUGCGGGUAAAAGGUGAGAAUUUCUACCGUGAUGGUAAGAGGGUCAAGUUCCUGAAUAUGUACACUGGUGGUAAAGCCAUUAAGAACAAAAAGGGUGACUUGAUCAGAGCUGCUCCCCUUCAGGAUAGUACUAUCCCUGAUGGUCGGGUGGCCCCAGACCGUCGUUGGUUCGGGAACACGAGAGUCAUCUCCCAGGAUGCGUUGACGCAUUUCAGAGACUCCCUCGGUGCCACUGAAAAGGACACAUAUCAAGUUCUUUUGAGAAGAAAUAAGCUACCCAUGUCUCUGCUUGACGAAAAGGAUACUACAGAAUCUCCUAAAGCUAAAAUCCUGGAGACUGAGAGUUUCGAACACACUUUUGGUCCAAAGGCCCAAAGGAAAAAGCCGAGAAUGGCUGCCUCGAACCUUGAGGACUUGGUCAGUGCGACUGAAGAGGAAAACCAGAAAUAUAAAGAAAAGGAGGAACUGAAUUCCACCCUAGGCUUGAUGGGGAGCUCGCAAAUGGAGGAGGAUGGUUGGACACAGUCAGCAAAGGAACAUAUAUUCAGUAAAGGUCAGUCCAAGCGUAUUUGGAAUGAACUUUAUAAGGUCAUCGACUCCUCUGACGUUGUUAUCCAUGUCCUCGAUGCAAGAGAUCCGUUAGGUACACGUUGUAAAUCCGUUGAAGAAUACAUGAAAAAGGAAACACCCCAUAAACAUUUGAUUUACGUCUUGAAUAAGUGUGAUUUGGUUCCAACUUGGGUUGCAGCCGCUUGGGUAAAACAUUUAUCUAAAUCCCGUCCAACAUUGGCCUUUCACGCUUCCAUCACGAAUUCGUUUGGUAAAGGUUCAUUGAUCCAAUUACUGCGUCAAUUUUCCCAACUUCACAGCGACAGGCAACAAAUAUCGGUGGGGUUCAUCGGGUACCCAAACACCGGUAAGUCGUCUAUCAUCAACACUCUCAGAAAGAAAAAGGUUUGUCCAGUCGCCCCAAUUCCAGGCGAAACAAAAGUCUGGCAAUAUAUUACUUUGAUGAAGAGGAUCUUCUUGAUCGACUGUCCGGGGAUUGUCCCACCUUCUGCGAAAGAUACCGAGGAAGACAUUUUAUUCAGAGGUGUUGUAAGAGUGGAGCAUGUGUCACAUCCGGAACAGUACAUCGCCAGUGUACUAAAGCGUUGUCAGACAAAACAUUUAGAGAGAACUUACGAAAUAUCCGGCUGGAAGGAUGCUACAGGUUUCAUUGAAAUGCUUGCAAGGAAGCAAGGUAGAUUAUUGAAGGGUGGUGAACCAGAUGAAUCAGGAGUUUCCAAGCAAAUCUUAAAUGACUUCAACAGAGGUAAGAUUCCAUGGUUUGUUGUUCCACCAGAAAAGGAGGAACAUCCUGGGGUCGAAAAGUCUGCAUCUUCUUCUAAGGAGACCAACAGCAAGAAGAGACCAUCUACGGAAGACUCGGAAAUACCUGCGGAGAAAACGCAUACCGAGCAGGAACCUAAAAGACAAAAAGCAUGA